CCCGGUGACUGGAGGUAUUCAGUGUCGGUGCGAUUCUAAGCUCCGCAGCAUCGUUACAUAGAAACUCCAGUAUCAACGGUCAUAGAAAUGCAGGACAACUUAAUUUUCGUUUUCGUGCUCCUUCUGGUAUUUUCUACUUCUUUCAAUCGAGGUCAAAAAAUCAAAGCGAACGACAGGCGCUCCGCCGGUCUGGUGCCGUAUCCCAGGAUCGGCCGAAAUUCGGAACUGCUGAGCCUACCCAAGUUGGAUCGAGCGCAAGGAAUGAUGGCGUAUUAUCCUCGGGUCGGACGGUCUGACGUCUCGAGCUUCGGUAACCCGAAUCGAUUUCACGAUCUGUCGCCCGAAACCGACGUCGAGUUCCAACAUAUUGUGCGCAACGUAGAUCCCGACGGUCUCGCAGAUCUUGAUUACGAAGAGUACGCGAGCAAACUGUUGGCGUUGAAACGUGCCGACAAAACACCGAAGAACGGUAUAUGGCUGAUGACCGACCACGUGUACGGCUACAAAGACCCUCGCUCGGCACAAAAGAUCGACGAUCCCCGACUAUACUAUUCCGUUCUGCGAGAUUCUCGAAAUAUUCAAGGUCAAGGAGAUUACAUCCCGAGAUUGGGUCGCGAGAAUGAGCGCGACGCCGCGAGCUUCCUGUAGGUCGCCCGCUCCGAUCGCGUGUCUCACUUCGAUCAUGUAGCCGACGGAUCCGUGUCGUCUUCGCGCGAGAGUGGGCGACAAGGAGAGGAGGAUGGUGGGAGUGAGGAGGGGGGAGGGAGAGAAAAGAAAUUCACCGUAUACCAAAUAGUUUCACCAGGACCGUAACUCGACGCUUCCGACUUGUUUCCCCGUCUGUGCAUCGUCGGCGAGCCGCCUUACCUGCACUUUGUACUCGCGCGUUAUGCAAUACAAUACAUGAUCCGCAUUCAAGCAGUUGAAGUUCGUAUGAUCUUACACGGCCACGUGCGUGGCCUGUGUCCUCUCGGUAGCGAGCGUCGAUCGCGGCGAGGCUCGACCUCGCGCGCAACCUCGCGCUCCGAACUCCCCCCCUCCUAUCUCUCAGCCUGAGCGAUUUUUUCUCUCUUCCGUAUAUAAAGUGUGAAUGGAAAUAAAUGUUUGAUUACGCGA